CGCAGCUCUUCCUGUCAGCCCUCAGAUGCCUUCAAUGGUGUUUACUUCCAUUUUGUCUCGUUGGACCCUAGACACGUCCAGUGUCAUCGUACACGAGGUGUCCUUCGGGUUCGGCCCCAGCUGGCCAUCGCCUGGAGCCGUCAAGUUCUCAAAAGCGAUGCGAACCCCACGUAUAAGGGCGAGGCUAGUAUGCGGCCGAGUCACGUCUUCCAAGGUGUAUCUCCAGCUUCAUUGCAUCAGACAUGCUGCUCACAUCGCCUGCGUCGGUUGCAAGCUUUCUUGCAGCGGCGCUCAUGCUCUGUCUUCUCUACAUCUCUCAGGCUAGUAAAUGUUCCCGCUUAGCUCGGCUCCCACCUGGACCACGAUCUCUUCCACUGCUUCGCAAUGUCCACCAGUUUCCUAAGAACCUCCAAUACCAUUUAUUUGCGAAGUGGGGUCAGAAAUACGGCGAUAUCGUAUUCAUGAAGGUCCUGCAACAACCCACUCUAGUCAUUAAUUCCCUGCACGCCGCAAAUGAGCUGUUGACAUCGCGGGGGGCGAAAUACUCGGACAGGUCUUCAUCCCGUUUGUUGACGAUGAUGGGACUUGACAUCAUGACUCCUUUUCUCGGUUAUGGAGAACGGUGGCGCCUGCAUCGAAGACUGAUGCAGGCAAGCUUUGGCGACCAAGCUGCGUUGGCUCGUCUUCGUCCUGUCCAGCAGAGGGAGACAAUAGCACUGCUGCUACGUCUUGCGCAAGAACCGGAUGCCUUUGCAUGCCAUAUCAAACGCUUCGCGGCUGCGUUGAUCAUGGGUUCCACUUACGGAAAACCCUAUGAUGAGGACUUUUUAAGCUCUGGCGAGGCUAUCGUGCAGAUGCUUGUUGAUGUAGCAGGCACACCCACCGCAGCCUUGGUGGACAAUCUUCCGUUCUCGACGUAUGUACCCUCAUGGAUACUCGGUAUUCUCUUCGGAUCGGGGCUUUUGGAGACACGAUCAGUACUGGAGCGCGUGAUGAAUUCAUCUUUUGAAGACGCCAAAGCAGCGAUGAAUUCUGGAACAGCAACAGACUCAUUCAUUACACAUAUAAUGGACGCGAGUGCGUCGAAGCUACAUCAACUGGGCGAUGAUGAAGAUGUAAAAAAGAUUGCCUUCAUAGUGUUUCUCGCUGGCUUCGGGGCUCUGACAAUCCCCGUCAACACAUUCCUCGUCACCAUGGCCCUUCAUGAGGACGUGUUCGCGAAGGCACAACAAAACAUCGACGAGGUUGUAGGCACUGAGCGUCUUCCUGAUCUCAGUGACAGAGAUUCGCUGCCAUAUGUGGACGCGAUUCUCUGGGAAGUCUACCGUAUCAACCCGCCGUUGCGCCUCAGCGUUCCGCGACGUGUGAUGGAAGAGGACGAAUAUUGUGGAUAUCGCGUCCCGAAGGGAACAUUAGUGCUCCCUAAUAUCUGGCAAAUGGCUCACGACGCCAAUCACUACACGGAUCCCGAUACUUUCAACCCAGACAGAUUUAUAGAUCCGGCCACCGGAAAGCACGCAGGGCUGGACCCUCGAGAGUACAUCUUCUCGUUCGGACGACGUGCGUGCCCUGGCCAACGCUUCAGUGACGACAGCCUGUGGCUGGUGACAGCGAGUAUCAUCGCCACGUUCAACGUGAAGAAGGCUCUGGACGCGGAGGGCAGAGAGAUAAUGCCUUCUUUGACCGUCAAAUUGCCGGGCUUGACUGGCCAUCUGGAGAAGUUUGAGUGUUCGAUCCAACCUCGCUCUCAACGGGCUCUUGAAUUGAUUGCGGAGAGUUCGAUGAGGUCACACUAGCCUCGAUGAUGAUAGCUUUUGGGAAGAGGGGACUCACGGACCAGGAGACUUAGAUGUGGUGGUGUAAGAAUAAAUCUCACUCUCAUAGCACGACAAUACCUCAUCCGCAUGCUACAUCGGUGCGACAUACCGAGAUAAUGUACCGUCCUGCAGAAAACACUUCGGCGCGUGUUGGUUUCC